AUGGGCGAGGCACAAUUCCCAGAGGUUCAAGGUGGUGGUUCAUUGAUACUAGCAUGGCAGAUUCGGAAUAAGAGAGUUCUUGUUGUUGGUGGUGGAGAGGCGAGUAUUUCAUUACUUCCAUCAAAGCUUACUAACUCCUCCCAGGUCGCCGCAGGUCGAAUUCUAAAUGUGCUGAAUGCAGACGCUAAAGUUACAGUGGUGUCUCCCCGAGAGGGAUUGAACCCAGAAGUCGCAUAUCGAAUUGAAAAAGGAGAAGUUGACUAUGUGGACCGAAAGUUCGAACCUUCAGACCUGGAUAAUGUUGAUAUGGUAUUAACCGCCGUCGACGACCCAGAGGCCUCGUCGCAAAUAUGGAAGCUAUGCAAAGAGAGAAAGAUUGCGGCAAACAUCGCAGACGUACCACCUGAGUGUGAUUUCUAUUUCGGAAGUGUACAUCGAGAUGGCCCUCUGCAGAUUAUGGUUAGCACGAAUGGCAAGGGUCCACGUUUUGCGAAUAUUGUGAGGAGAUCAAUAGCAGAGAAGCUACCCGCGAAUACUGGAGAGGCUAUCACAAAGGUUGGGAAAUUGAGACAGAUGCUGAGGAAGGUUGCGCCAGGUAUUGAAGAGGGUCCCAAAAGAAUGGCAUGGAUGAUCAAGGUCAGCGAUGCCUACAGCUUGGAGGACCUAUGUGCAAUGGACGAAAAGGAUAUGGAAACGUUGUUACGAUUCUAUGCGCCAGGUCAAGUUCCCCGAUACGACUGUCUGAAAGCAAUGGAAGGCGAGUUUGAUGCAUUUGAUGGCUCUUUUGGGUUCUGUGUAGGAUGGGGAUGA